CUAAGUAUAUAAAUGUCACAAACAUGAAGUCUUAAAUAGCUCAGUGGAAAAAGCGGUUGUCUGGCAAACGGAAGACCCAAGUUCGAUCCCCGAGUCUGAUGUUUUUUAUCUCAUAUGGCAUUAAAAGUGGACAUCUAUAGAUACACACAAGCACCCCCGGCCAAAGUUUCUGAUUUUUCUUUCAUGUGAUAAAAUUUAUUAAAUCCGAAGAAAUCUUUUUGAGUUGAAGUAAUUCUGUAUGAAUAACUCUGUAUGAAUAACUUCUGUAUGAAUACUCUAAGAAAUUCUGAGGAACUCCAAUCAUGGUGCAUAUAACUUCCUAAAUCAUUCUUAUGGUAUUCUUCCACGAAUUCCUAAGGAAGUACAAUUCAGGGAAGGAGAAAGCUUUAAGAACAGUUAAAGAAUUCAUCGUGCUAUCUGGGAACCACAAAUGAUGCCGAUAAUUAAUAGAUAUUUUGUAAUAUUUUACAGUUUUUUCUGAAUUGCUAAUAAAUAUCCCGAAAUUCAACUGACAGUUCAGUAUGUAAUCAAAUUAAUCUUGCGUUUCAGCAACAACUCACUAUAUAUUACUAUGUAUGUGCUCAACACUUGACGCUCGACGUUCCUAUGUAAAAGCAUCUUAAAGGCAGGACCCAACGUGCAACGCGUACUCAAAAAGUCUCGAGCCGUCACUCGCGCCGGCUUAUAAGCACGUACGAUGAAGCAGACGCUAUCGAGGCAAUGCGUCGAGCGAUAAAGCAAGGUAUCAACUAUAUUGACACCGCACCAUGGUAUGGCCAAGGUCGAUCUGAAGAAAUACUUGGCAAGGCGUUAAAAGGGAUUCCACGACAAGCUUACUACAUCGCGACAAAGGUCGGCAGAUACGAACUAGAUUAUGAGAAUAUGUUCAAUUUCACGACUGAGAAAAUUAGAAAAAGUUUUGAGAAGAGUUUGAAAUUAUUAGGUGUGAAUUAUGUCGAUGUUAUUCAGGUCCACGAUAUCGAGUUUGCACCAUCGUUAGACAUAAUAUUCACACAAACCUUGCCGGAAUUAUCGAGACAAGUAGCCAAUGGCAAGGCCAGAUAUAUCGGCAUUACCGGAUAUCCGGUGUCUGUGUUGAAAGAGUGUGUCGAGAAGAGCAACAUUAAUAUAUCAUGCGUAUUAACCUAUACAAGGCUCACUUUGAUCGACGAUACUCUGCUAGAAUACAUCCCGUUUUUCAAGGAACGUAACAUUGGUGUGAUUAAUGCUGCGUUACCAUGUAUGGGCGCUUUAACGAAUAAUGGUCCACCAAAUUGGCAUCCUGCUAGUGAUGAAACGAAGAGGCAAUGUACAAAUGCUGCACAAUAUUGCAAGGAUCAAGAUGUGGAGCUUUCUAAAUUGGCGAUAUGGCAUUCGCUGCAAUACACGGAUACAGAUACCAACUUAGUCGGAAUGCAAACCAUGAAACAGCUGGAAAUAAAUAUGGACGUGUUACGUAACGGCAUUACGGAGAAGGAGAAGGCAUUAUUACAAGAGAUUCAAAAGAAAUUUUUGUUAAAAAUAAAAAAUCAACAUUGGGAAGGUAAAGAGAUUGAAAUAUACCUAAAGGCUAUGAAACGUAAGAUAUGAGAAAAAUAGGUUUCCAAUUUCUGCAUUCCUAUUUCCUUUUUCUUUUCUUUUUUUCUGUUCACAAAAUCCAAAUCAGUAAUUAUGUGUAUUAAGUGAUACCUCGUAUGUUGUCAAGAGCAUGUUACCAUUUAAAAAAAGUUUUAAUUGAUGUUUUUUUAUUAAAAAAUUAUUAACAAUUAAAGGUUUUGUAUGUACCUAUAACGUUUUCUUUAUAUAUAGCACAAAUAAAAAUUUAUAUAAAACGCAUAUAAACAUUUAAUAACAAUGUGACGAUUCGAGAUUCGUCACGACGGCCAAAACAAUAAUCACGAGACUAACAAAACGCCGAACAACCGCGCGCGGAAUAACCGCAAGGUCAACAAACAGUCGAACUGUUUGUUAGAAUUUAGUAUAA